GAACCUCUCGGCUUCCGUUGAGCAUGAGCAAGAUGGCAGCCUCCGAGACGGUUAGGCUACGGCUUCAAUUUGAGUAUCCGCCUCCGGCCACGCCGCACUGCACGGUCUUCUGGCUUCUGGUAGACCUGAAUAGAUGCCGAGUUGUCACGGAUCUCAUCAGUCUCAUCCGCCAGCGCUUCGGCUUCAGUUCCGGGGCGCUCCUGGGCCUCUACCUGGAAGGGGGCCUAUUACCCCCCGCCGAGAGCGCGCGCCUGGUGAGAGACAACGACUGCCUCAGGGUUAAGUUAGAAGAGGGAGAGCUCCCUGAGAAUUUCGUAGUAAGCAAUGGCGGUGACUCGAAUUUUCUACCCAGAAAAGCAAAGAAGCGGGCUUUUAAGUUGGUGGACAGUGAAGAAGUGGACCUGGGUUACAAGUGCUCCAAGAAGCACUGGCGGAAGCUAGAGGACAGCAGCUAUAAAGAGAAGGCCUUGGACCUGGAAACAAAGCCUGUUCCAGAUGAGGUGGGGGUGGGGAGGACGAAAAGCAAGAGGAAAAACAAAGUGACAAGGAGCCCAGCAGAGGAGGAGGAAGAGGCCAGGAAGAAGUCGCCCAAGAGAAAGGAGAAAUGUGAACAUAAGAAGCAGACCAAGGCCCCCAAGUCUCCCAAAACACAGGCGCCCAAGGAGUGGAGCCCACACAACUGCAACUCGCCCAAGGGCUCCCCCAAAGUCUCCCCCAGAAGCAGCCUCACCAAAGCCCGGAGGAAAAGCAGCACGGGGCCAAAAGGGGGCUCAGGCUACCUGUCAGAGUCUGAUUCUUGUCCAGAAUCGGUCAGCGAUGGCCACUGCAGUGUCACAGUGCCUGGGGUCACCUUUUCAGAGACACUCUCAGCUGAGCUGUUGAAAGAUGGGCCUGCUGUAAAAACUGCCGCUGCCAACAGACAGCCCUCGAAGCCCGCCUUUCCCUGCAGCUCCGGCAAGGGCAAGGCCAUCAGAAGCUCGUCGUCCAGUUCAGACUCCAGUUCCGAGUCGGAAGACCAGUUCGUGAUGUCCAAGAACAUCCCUGAGGGCGCCUCGGACUUCUUAAAGACAGCCGGUCUCUUUGCAGGGCAAGGGUGUCCAGGGCUGACAUUGCAGACUCCCGGGGUUAUGGGCUGGAAGCCUUCUGAGUCGAGCAGAGGCAGGCAAGCUCCUGGUCCUCCUCCCAGUGUGCCUGUCCCCACCAGCCUGGGAAGAGGAUGGGGUCGAGGAGAGGACUUCUUGUUGGGGAAGGGGCUGAGGGGCCGGGGUGUACGGGGCCGAGGUCGAGGCCGAGGGCCUGCUGUCUCCUGUAUCUUCAAUAGAAACUCUGAGAGUCAGAAGCAGAAACAGUUAAAUGACAUCCUAACGAACUCGUCCACUGUGAUCCAGAAUCCUGUAGAAACACACAAGAAGGACUAUAGUCUAUUGCCACUGUUGGCAGCUGCCCCUCAAGUCGGUGAAAAGAUUGCAUUUAAGCUUUUGGAACUCACGUCGGACUACUCUCCUGAUGUCUCUGACUACAAGGAAGGAAAAAUAUUAAGCCAUGACCCAGAGACCCAGCAAGUGGAUAUAGAAGUCCUCUCAUCCUUACCAGCUUUGAAAGAACCUGGGAAGUUUGAUUUGGUCUAUCACAAUGAAAACGGGACUGAGGUGGUGGAGUACGCUGUGACACAAGAGAGGAGGAUCACUGUGCUUUGGAAAGAGUUGAUUGAUCCAAGACUGAUUAUUGACUCCUCCGGUAACAUCUCAAGUAAAUAGCGUGUCUGCCCAUAACCUCUGACCUCGUCGCCUCGCAGUCUCUUAAGUAUUGUUUGUGACCGUGAUCAUAGCCUGAAGUUUUAAAAAGAAGAUCGAAUGUUAUUUGGACUUUCUGUUGUCUUCACUUUACCGUAUUAGAAAAGAAAAUCUACCUCAUCGUUUAGAGUAACGUGGGUGUUAGUUUGUGGAUCUUUAUUUCUCUCAGACUAAACUCAGUAGCCCGGUAGAAAGCGCGGUGUUCCCUGCGGGCAGACCAGAGUGGCAGUGCUCUCUCUCCUCCACGUCCUGGCCCGCCGGUAGCUACCGUCAGUAGGGUUACCCUGCCACACGCAAGAUCGUGCUGUGCAUCUUGCUUUUGUUUUUUUAAAAGUCACAUUUAAAAUACUAAGGCAUGUUUCUUGACUUAAUUUUUUGACACGUGAGAUGUUCUGUUAAGCCUAGAGCAUCUCACGCAUUCGGAGCAUUUUAUACUUGUCAUCCUCAAGACUUAGUACACCUGGAUUUGUUGCAGGUGAUAAGUUAAGGAUCCUUUCACCUUUUCCAGCUGUAAAACACAGGGUUCUCAGGGCCCUGGUAGAGGCCGUGAGUGGGAAGAUGACUUGUCAUAUUGCCUGGAGGACAGCUGGCCUCCCACUGCCAGAGGGCUGGCCAUGAACUUCGGACCAGGGGGCAAAUGACCUUGCCACAGGAUUCCAGGAGCCUGGUUCAGCAUGCUGAAUUGAGGAUCUUGAACAGAAAUUUCCUUUUCUGUUAUUAUUCAGCAAAGCUAAAAGCUGAAUAUAAACUGUGAAAUUGCUUUCUUUUAACGAAAAUGUAGAUCCCUCCUUCAGCUUUGCAAAUUUUUAAAUAAAAUCAUAUUGAAAUGGA